GCCUGGUCGGCAGCCCGGGCAGCAGGGGCCGCUGUGAGAGCCGCGCUCGCACCGCCCGCCGCCGCCCUCGGCUCCCGCGCGCGCUGCUCGCCUCCCGGCGCGAUCUUAAGAUCAUUUCUGCACUGUUUUACUGAAGAACCCAUUAAAAGAGCCAGUGAAUCUUGUAGAAAAUGGCGUUCAGUGAUCUUACAUCGAGGACUGUGCGUUUUUAUGAUAAUUGGAUCAAAGAUGCUGAUCCAAGAGUUGAAGACUGGCUCCUCAUGUCCUCGCCUCUGCCACAAACCAUCAUCCUGGGGCUCUAUGUCUAUUUUGUUACAUCUCUGGGACCAAAGCUCAUGGAGAACCGGAAGCCCUUUGAACUCAAGAAAGCGAUGAUAACGUACAAUUUUUUCAUAGUACUGUUUUCUGUGUAUAUGUGUUAUGAGUUUGUGAUGUCUGGCUGGGGUACAGGCUACUCGUUUCGAUGUGACAUUGUGGACUAUUCUCAGUCGCCAAGAGCAAUGAGGAUGGUGCACACCUGCUGGCUUUAUUACUUCUCCAAAUUUAUUGAGCUGUUAGACACUAUCUUUUUUGUUCUGCGUAAGAAAAAUAGCCAAGUGACUUUCCUUCAUGUGUUCCAUCAUACGAUCAUGCCAUGGACCUGGUGGUUUGGAGUCAAAUUUGCUGCAGGUGGUUUGGGAACAUUCCAUGCCUUUUUAAAUACAGCUGUGCACGUGGUCAUGUAUUCCUACUAUGGACUGUGUGCAAUGGGACCAGCCUACCAGAAGUAUUUAUGGUGGAAAAAACAUUUGACAUCCUUGCAGCUUGUCCAGUUUGUUCUUGUCACUAUCCACAUAGGCCAGAUCUUCUUCAUGGAGGACUGCAAUUAUCAGUACCCAGUUUUCCUGUACAUCAUCAUGAGUUACGGGUGCAUCUUCCUGCUGCUCUUUCUCCACUUUUGGUACCGUGCUUACACCAAGGGUCAGAGGUUGCCCAAAACUAUAGAAAACGGGAAUUGCAAAAGCAAGCGCCACUAAAACACACACGUGGCCUGGAUUUACAAUGGAGACUUGGAUAUCUUGCCUUCCUUGACAAUCAAGACACACUUGCCUGUGCAGUGCAUUUUGUAUAUUUUUCAAAACCAAGAGCUUGUAUUUUUAUGAUAAGUUAUUUGGGUUUCUGAUCUCUGAGAGUCCAAAGCUCUCAGGUAAGUCUUCUCAGUGGAAAAGCCUGGAACAGCCAGGAGGUUUCCUGUUGCCUUUCAAACCAAUCAGAGGUCUUAAUACAUCUUGCUACAUCGAGAGGAGGAUAUGAAGUAAUAUAGUGCUCUUCUAGGAACUCCAGAAAUGAUGAAAAAUACUAGCUAUUUUGAACAUGGACAGAGGUCCACAGAGUACGAUAGAUUUCUCCUGCCUGGUGUGGAAACCCCUGAUUCUGGGUUCUGUCUGUUACUCAUUCCUUAUACUCAGAAGACAUCACAUUCAUUCUAGGGCUCAGUUCUAAAGUGCUAACACAGGUAAAGCCUAAGUGGAUCCUUGAUAAGCUCUCAUUCUAAGUUGUUAAUGGUAAGUUUGAAUGGUCCGCUGGGUCCUUGCCUCAAGAUCUGCCCACAAGACUUCUUCCCAACACGUGUGUAAGCUGUUAGAAGCAGUGAUGCUUCCAUAUCGGCACUGAUGACUUUGACCCUAAGGUGAAGGUAACUUUAUGUCGCAAACAAGAUGAUUUGUCUCACAGGUUAAUGAAUGCUUUGCUAAUGACUAUUCUACAAUUAACAUGUCUGAAUUGUGCAUGUCUGAAAAGAGGGAUGUGUCAAUUAAAAAAAUAUGCUGUGGAAUUCAGUGGGGAAAGGUAUAUAAUCUGUUGUAGUAUAAUGCCACUCUCUGAUAUGUCGUGGUUUAAGGGACUGUUUUGCCAAAGUAUGUAUUGGUUAGAUAUUUAAGUGUUCAUGUGAUUGGCUUACCUCAGAUGCUUUUGAAUCACAUAUUAGUUUUUUAAUAUCUACUAUGCAAAUGGCUUAUAAAGUUGGGUGGUGCAGAGUAUCAGAGGCAAGAUUUGGUUACAUAAAUAAGGGCUGUUAGAUCUUGAGAGAUAAAGACACUACACUAUGAUUGUAUAAUAUAUAUAUAUAUAUAUAUAUAUAUAUAUAUAUAUAUAUAUAUGUAAUAUUGUGGAUACACUGCAUGAAAAGCUAUUUCCCAGAAUCAUGAAUUAGCCAGAAUUUCUAUUUCUUUAGACCUAUAGGCCAUAUUGUGAAGGGCUGGAAUUCAUGUGGCAUUCCCCACCCCACCUGCCUUUAAAAAUGCUACUUUCUAGAAUUUCCUUGUUCUUUCAAGUAAACCAGAACAGCUUAGCAACACCUAGACACUUGUGAAGCUAUCAAUAUUAUUUCCUUUUCCUCUUCGAAGAACUAUCUAUGUGUGAAUAACUUCAAAAUCAGUACGGAUGGCCUUGGUCAUGGACGCCACACAGUGUUGCUCAUUUUACAACAAAGCCUGAGUUCUUGUUGACUGUAAACUCUGAGUUUUGCCUGUCUGCUCCUGAUCCAUUACUCUGUCUCCACAUUCACUCAGUUUAUAAAGUUAUUUGCCAUUAAGUGGCCUUUAGUGAUUCCACUUGCUUACAAGAAGAAGCAGAGGAUAAUAGGAAGCUUUUCAUACUAAAAAAAAAAAAAAAAAAAAAAAAAAAGUAACAGCUAAGCUGAGCUGAAGGGAACAGCUGUGCUAGUCAGUUGCUGUGAAGGUCUCAGGGAUCCAUGGUUUGCUAUUUUGACUCUGUGUGUCCAGCCUGGGUUAAGAUGGGAUGGGAUGGUAGACAAUGUCACAUACACAAGCAGUUUCCAAAGACUCAAAUAGGGCAAAGACCCAAAGGAAUCGGAAAUCGAGAAUAAGACAGGGAACUUUGAUUUAUUUCCUCUCCUAUACAUAGCCUCUCCGCCCUUCCUCCAAGUAUUUAAAAUGUUUGAUAUGCCUAGGGACUAAGAGCAACAUUGUGACACACCACAUUCUUAACUGUAUGAAUGAAGGCAGGGAGGCAGAAGUUAUAUGGAAACAGAUCACCGUUGACAGUCAGUGUCCCCCAUGUAAGUAUCUGUGGAGCAAAGUGAGUGUCACUGGUUGUAGGAUUUGUGUGGGCAGUGUUCGGUCAAGCGGAGCUUCUAAUGAGGUUUACCUACUUUUCAGGACUUUAUUGCCUUUAAAUUUGCUUGCCUAAUAAGCAAAAAGCCCAGCUAUUAAGUAUAGUUUAUUAUAAAACUUCUAUGAGUCCUUGAGAUCCAAUAUAUAUGAUAUAAAUACAAAAUUUAAAUUAUCUAAGGGUAUUAUGACUUUCUGUCUUCAUACUUAAUGAGAAUUCUAAUUUGAGUAUACUACAUUGUUGUAUAGUUUGGGAUAUUAUAAGAUUGUAUCCCUUGGCUAUCUCUUAUUUCUGUUUACUUUUUAAUGACUGUGGAAAUUGUGAGAAGUUGGACUUGUUCUCUAUGCUAUAAUAAAUCUGUGGCAUCACAUGGA